AUGAGCCGACUCGCCUCUUUUCGUGGUCCAUCUGCACCAUCAACUUCGCCAGUCCCAAACCCGCAAUCCCCAUCAAAUAAAAAGAAAUCACGACGCUCCGAUGCCCUCACCGACUCCUCUAAUCUCCAACCACCCUCAUCCCCUUCUCGAUCUGCAACAGAAUCCACGUUCCAUCGCAAAACUCGCGCUUAUCUGUUAGAGUUCAAAGCCAUAGCGAACAGUUGGGAUGAUUUGGUGCUGAUCGACGGUGUAAGAGCGGCGAAGCACUUGGUUGAUGCUAGGACCGAACUCGAAAAUUCGAUCGCGCUCGCUCCAGAUCGGCGGCCCCGCUAUCAUUUAGUCGGCGAGAAACUUGUGCUUGCAGAGAACAAGAUCACAGAGCUCGAGAGUAUCAUCGCUACUUUGGAAAAACACUUUUGGAGGAUGAACAAUAUCAUUGACGGCUUGGAGGCACUCUAUUUCGAGGUGACAAAGGCAAAGGGAUUUCAAUGGGCCGCGAAGGAGCCACUUUGGACUACAUGGUCGCUCGAGAAGUUUGUUGUCUCCAUUCCUUCAGUUCUCCCGGCGUACAAUCAGCUCUUCACGAAUGCAAGAUCAUUGUCGAUACUCUUCGAUCACACACCGCGACGUUUGAGGUAUCGAGAGAUGCUAUCGCUAGAUGGGUCGAGCAGCCGUGGCUAG